AUGUUCUUGGACUUUGGGGCAGACAUAUUGCUCGGCGGGAUCUUCAAUGGCUCGCAAACAACCUCAACAGCCAUUUUUAUAGAUUUGUUGGAACAUUUAUACUAUUUCGAUUUGUUGGACUUUACAAAAAGUGCCUUGAUUAUUUUGGUUGGGAAGUUCUUGUAG